GCCACCCGCCCCACUGACACACAGUGCGGCGAAUACGAAAGGCUGGCCAGCGAUCCCAAACCAGGCGACCGUUGGUCCCUUGAUUCUGAAUCACUUCCUUUUCUAGCAUCUAUCCAAAUUUGUGUAAGAAACUCCCAAUGCAAGUUCCGUGACUUUCUUUUUGGGCGCAGUCUUACCAAUAAAACAGCCUUCGAACGAAACCCGAAACUGACAACCGGAAGAUAUAGCCGGAGCUGGGUGCCGGUGGCUGGUGUAUGAUGGGAUUUUGCAUAUGCCCGUUGGAGACUCCGGCCAGACUGCUCUGGACCACAAGCUUCUUCCGCCAUAAGCUAAUGAUCUUUUAGGUGAUUAGUUUAGAACCAAACCAACUGAUAUAUAGAUUAUAUACAACUAAGACAAAGCAAGCCUCUAGUAAUUCUGUCUCCACCUGUCGCGGUUGUCGACGACGGUUUCAGCUGAGAUAUCUCACCCUCGGGAGAACACUACAGAAUAAAAAUCAGAACUAUGGAGUCCGGCGAUCUUUUCUUCGAGUCUUCCGCUCGCCGCGGGACCAUGCUGUUCCUCCGAAAUGGUGACAUCAGAUUUGGAGGAAGUUCGAUGAUGAGCGCGGAUGAAACUUCAAAGAAACGGCCUUUCUUCAGCUCACCGGAGGAACUGCUCGACGAGGAAUAUUAUGAUGAGCAACUGCCAGAGAAGAAGCGUCGUCUCACCCCCGAGCAGGUUCAUCUGUUGGAGAAAAGUUUUGAGGCAGAGAACAAGCUGGAGCCAGUAAGGAAGACCCAGUUGGCCAAUAAGCUGGGAUUGCAGCCAAGGCAGGUUGCCGUGUGGUUUCAGAACCGCAGGGCUCGAUGGAAGACCAAGCAAAUUGAAAGGGAUUUUGAUACUCUCAAGUCUUCCUACGACUCACUCCUUUUAAAAUAUGAAUUCACUGUGAAGGAGAAUGAAAAGCUUAAAUCCGAGGUGCUAUCACUGAGUGAGAAGCUUCAAGGAAAGGAUGAGCCUAGAGCACCGAUACUUGAUCAAAGGAUUGACCCUCUUCCAGUGGAUGCAACCCAAUUUUCAGCCCCGCCAUUCAGCAAGAGGGUGGAGGAUCGUCUGAGCACGGGGAGUGGUGGAAGCUCAGUUGUGGACAUCGAUAGCUCACAGCUUGUUGUGGAUAGUGUUGAUUCAUACUUUCAGGCUGCCAGUUAUACUGAAUACAUCGGCUGUGUUAACGGGGUUCAGUCGGAGGAUGAUGAUGGGAGUGACGAUGGACGGAGCUACUUCUCCGAUGUGCUUGUGGCCGCGGAAUCACAUGGGCAAAACCACGAGGUAGGGGAAUGGGGUUGGUGGAUGUGGUCUUAAAAACGACCUUACUGGAGAGAAUUAACACGUGGCGUCUAUUCACCCAAAUAAAACAAAAUAAGAAGGAAAAAGAAAAGAAACUUCAAUUUGCCGUAGUUGUAUGUUCCUUUAAGUUGCUUGAUCGAGAGGAUUAGUGUGUUAGUGGGAAAAAUAGCAGAACUUCCGGUUCAGGUGGAGUAGGUCCCUGCAUCUGGGAGACAAUGGGUCGAAGCAGGGUUUAAUAAACAAUGCUCAGUAAUGUGGUCAGUGGCGUCAUAUAUAUUGUACCUAUCUAAUCUAUAUAAGCACAAUAAAGAUAUUCAUGUGCCUACACCUAGUUUGAGUAUAAUUUCCAUGAAGUUCGGCGCAGGAACCGUCAUAA